AUGCAUGCAACGAAUUAUGUAACUGGCGCUCUACCAAAUCACGAAAUCGUUUUUGUGGGAGUUAUAAUUGACGGUUGCGAAGACGUCCCGUCUGGUUUGCACAACGUGCAUGGAAUUUUGCGCACCACUUUUUACAGUUGCACACCAAAGCCUCUGGUUGCUUAAACUGCAUCGCUGUGGUCGCUUUUCACUCCGCUUUUCCAGGCAUCUGUGAGCGCUCAUGUUCCUGCUAGUGUCGAAGGUACUAGUAUAUCGAACGAUGCUAAAAAUCGACAUAAUGCUAGUUUAGCGUUCAAGCGGAGGAACCAAACGUCCCAGAUAGCGCUGCCAAAGGUGAAUGGAGCAGAAGAUGUAAGCGUAAAAGUGGAAGAAUCGUGGUACACAAAAAACUCAAACGUGGCUAACGAACGAGACAAUAAAGCACGAAACAUUACUAGAGUGUCGCAAACCUCCCGUGUAGUCACGAAUGGAAGAGGAGAUAAUCAAAAAGAUAUUCAUGAGAAUUCCGUGCGACUGAAGAACGGCAACGAGCGCAACGAAGCAACAGCCAUCUACUCAACCAGAGAAGACGAGCGACUGACAAAUGAGAAACGUGUUAGCAAUAACAAACACCUGCAUCUUGUGCGCGGAUAUGCUGGUCCCAGUUAUGUACAAUACCGUGAUUCCAUGGCAAAGGAUGGAAGAGAAGAACAUGUCGGAGAUUCUAGUGGUAAGACAAAAACAAGAGAUGAAAUGUAUGCGCGAGGAAAGAAGGUUCAAAAAGAGAUGAGAAAUGGCAGCAAGGUACAGGAAUAUGAGAACAAAAGCUUGAGAAUAGCUAAUGGGUGGUCCACAACUGGAAAAAGCCAGCAGGAACAAACUUUUGUGGCAAGGGUUGCUUACAAUGAACGACAGAAGGAUUCGGAGCUACACGACAUUUAUACCGAUGGGAAGAGCCGGAAGCAAGAACUCACGCAACACUCUGUUGGACAUCAUAACGCAAAACACUUCAAAGAUUCUCAAUUAUUACAGGGCGACGGAUCAUUCACAGGCAAGACUAUGAAUCAGAUCGAAUACGUAGCAGUGAAGGGAGAGCGCUACGAGAUGAAGCGUCCGAAGGAUUCCGAGAUAUUUGAUAGCAAUGUUCCAUUUACGGGAAAAACACUGAACCAACAAGAGUACAUUACAGUGAAGGGAGAACGUUACAAGAACAAACGUCCCAAAGAUUCUGGAAUCCUGAAUAGUGACGGAUCAUUCAGGGAUAAGACUUUGAACCAGCAAGAGUUCGUCACGGUGAAAGGAGAGCGC